CGGCUGGACAUGCUGCGUGCGGGCUGGGGGUGUGGCGCGGCCCGGGCCCGCCCGUGGGUGGCCGUGGCCCUUCCGCGCGUGCGCGGCGAGCGGAGGAGCAAGCGGGCGGGCCUGGGCGCACGUAGUUGUUGGCGCGCCGGGGUCAUGGGAGACCAAGAACUGCCUGGUGUUCUGAUCCUUGGAGUUGGAGGAGUAGAAGGUGUUCUGGAAAACCAUGUGGGGCUCCUGAAAAAGAACUUUCACCUUAUCACCAUGAAGGAAUUUCUUGAAAAUAAAAAAGAACUGAGUGAAAAAAUCAAAUCUAUUUUCAUAUUUGAACGCAGACCCACCAUUGACCGGGGACUCCUUGAAAGCCUGCCUAACUUAAAAGUGAUUGCCAACUCCGGAGUAGGAGUGGAUCACUUGGACUUGAAACUGAUUUCUACCUUUGGAGUGAAAGUGACUAAUACUCCACAAGCUGUAUCUGACUCCACAGCAGAUACAGGGAUGGCCCUGAUGUUGGCAUCUGCCAGAAGACUAGUGGAAGGCUGUCAGAUUGCAGUUUCCCCAGACACUGAGCGUUUUGCUGUUGACUGGCUGGGAGUGGAAGUCACUGGGGCUACCCUUGGGAUCAUUGGAAUGGGCAGUAUUGGCUAUAAAGUGGCCAAGCGGGCCAAAGCCUUUGACAUGAAAAUUCUGUAUCACAACAGGAACCGGAGAAAAGAGGAAGAGGAACAGGCUGUUGGUGCCAUUUAUUGUAAAAAGAUGGAAGACUUGCUCCAGCAAUCAGAUUUUGUCAUGCUGGUUGUGAACCUGACACCACAGACGCACAAACUGAUCGGGAAAAGGGAGUUAGAGCUGAUGAAACCCACUGCUACUCUCAUUAACAUCAGCAGAGGUGCAGUAGUUGAUCAAGAUGCACUGGUAGAAGCUCUUCAAAACAAAGUCAUCAGGGCUGCAGCUCUUGAUGUGACUUACCCUGAACCUCUGCCAAGAAAUCACUCGUUGUUAAAGUUGAAGAAUAUUAUUAUAACGCCUCACAUUGGAACUGCUACAGUCCAAGCCACCUAUAUGAUGACUGAAGAAGCAAUAACAAAUAUGCUUGCAGUUCUCAAUGGUCUCCCCAUUCCUAGUGAAGUGUGCCUCAAAUAACAUGUCAGGAACCACACAGCGCUGUAUUUAUGAAAGGACAUUUUUGGCCUUGCAGUAGGCCAUUAAAUGACAGAAAAAGAAUGAGUUUCUGCAGUGCUACCACAGUUGUUCUGCCAUCCAGUGGCUAUUUGCCAUAAUUGUAUUCUUAUGAUUUGCUUAAUAAUGAUGAACUAAUAAAGUACAGAGGCUCCUAGG